GGGAUCUCUUGUGACCUUUCGUACACAAAACAAACGAAGGUGGGAACUUUAAAUGUCACCCCCUAUCUUGCCCCCUCUUGGAGAUCAUCUUCUCUGCAGAUUGCAGUGUGAAGAACUUGGCCGAGGUGACAGAUGGAAAAAGAGUGUGGACCUUGGUAACAGAGCACACACAUAGCAAAUGUUAGAGAAGGAUAAAUACUGUAACACUGGGUCAUACAGACCUUUCCCAGUGUUUGCUUAGAUAGAUAUUCAAAGAUGAAUGUUACAAAAAUGAUUAUUAUUUAUACCUUUUAAAUGUUUGGUGUUUCCAGGUUUAUGUAUCUGUAAUUAAGUGUGCUAAGCAUUUUGUGAUUCUGGAUUACAGGCCCUGUGUAGGUGCAAUGUAUGUAACAGCCUUGCUUUUGUCUUUUGCAGAUCCCUCUUACCCAGUUCUGCAAAUAUAUUUUUUUUUCCUGACACGAAGGAACAGAAAAGCAUUUGAUGAUCAACUUAUUAUGUGAAAAACCUAUAGUCUCACACUGAAUGAAGCGAGCCCCUGCAAUCAUUGCUGGAAAAGACUGAGCAGGUGUCAUUUCCAAAAUACACCAUCCACUAAUCACUGUAAGACCAAGUCAUGGAAGCAUCCAAGUUUGCUGUAUCUUUAUUUAUUGCAUCACUAUCGUGUCUGAUAGACUUAUGCCGGCCACAGCUCCAAGCAGGAGCACCCCAAAUCCAGCUGCGUUUGGCUGGGACAUCAAGAAUUCCCAAUGAAGGUCGUCUGGAGGUUUUGUAUAACGGUCAAUGGGGCACAGUCUGUGAUGAUGACUUCAACAUAGAGGUGGCACAUGUGGUCUGUAAACAACUGGGCUUUGAGAUGGCAAUGAAUUGGGCACACAGUGCGAAGUAUGGACAAGGAGAAGGUCCCAUCUGGUUGGAUAAUGUCUGCUGCUCAGGUGCUGAGAGCUCGUUGGCAGAAUGUGAAUCUAACGGCUGGGGUGUCACUGACUGCAAGCACUCCGAGGACGUUGGUAUACUUUGUACAACAAGUCGCCUACAGGGAUCAGUGCAGCCUCAAUCAAUCAUGGCGCAGCACACAAAGAAAAUAGAAGAAGUUAGACUGAAGCCCAUAUCGGCCCGUGCCAAGGCUAGCCUUCCCGUCACUGAGGGUGUAGUGGAAGUGAAACACCAUGGCCGCUGGAGGCAGGUUUGUGACCAAGGCUGGACCAUCGAUAACAGCAGGGUCGUGUGCGGCAUGCUCGGUUUUCCUGGAGAAGUGCAACCCAAUAACCAGUUCUACAGAAAACUUUGGAAUAUGAAGAUAAAAGUACCAAAAUCUAGGUUAAAAAUGCUGAGUCAGAAGAAAAUGUUCUGGAUCCACAAAGUCAGCUGCUCAGGAACUGAACCCCAUCUCGCUAACUGCAAUGUGCAGGUUUCACCCAAAAAGUUUAAACCAGCUUGCAGGAAUGGGAUGCACGCUAUAGUGAAAUGCGUCGCUGGGCCCAGCUUAGGCAAUGGAAACAACAAUAACUACAAGAAGGCAUUUAGGGCUAUGGAACCUCUGGUAAGAUUGAGGUCUGGACCACACGCCGGAGAGGGGAGAGUAGAGGUGCUAAAAAAUGGGAAAUGGGGAACAAUAUGUGAUGACAAAUGGAACCUCCUAUCAGCCGGCGUGGUGUGCCGCGAACUCGGCUACGGAUCGGCUAAAGAGGCCAUUCUCGGAGCGCAGUUGGGACAAGGGUUAGGUCCUAUACACAUGAAUGAGGUUCAGUGCACAGGACGGGAAAGGUCCAUCACUGAGUGCAAGUUCAAGGAGGCCAGUAUCGCAGGGUGUCAGCACGAGGAAGACGCGGCCGUCAGAUGUCACAUUCCCCAAAUGGAUUACAACAGCCAGAUACGCCUGAUGGGAGGAAGGUCAAACGAAGAGGGCAAAGUAGAGGUCCAGAUGGUAAUUAAAGGUGUAAAGAAGUGGGGAGCCGUGUGCGGAGAACUCUGGAGUAUAAAUGAAGCCAUGGUUGUGUGUCGACAAUUAGGCUUGGGCUUUGCCAACCACGCGUUACAAGAGACGUGGUACUGGCAAGGCACGCCUGGUGCUGACGAUGUGGUAAUAAGUGGCGUGCGAUGCUCCGGCACAGAGAUGUCUAUUCAGCAUUGCCGCCACCACGGCGUGGUACACUGCCCACGAGGAGGGGGCCGUCGCUCUGCUGGGGUUUCCUGUACAGAACAUGCACCUGACCUCAUACUGAAUGCUCAGCUGGCUCAGGAGUCUGCCUACCUAGAGGACCGACCCCUCCACAUGCUGGAGUGUGCUCAUGAAGAAGAGUGCCUAUCCAAAACCGCAGAUGACAUGUCCUGGCCCUAUGGGCACCGGCGGCUGCUACGCUUCUCCUCUCAGAUACACAACAUCGGGAGAGCGGAUUUCACCCCACGAAACGGGAGGCACACCUGGGUCUGGCAUGAGUGUCACAGGCAUUACCACAGUAUUGAAGUUUUUACCAAUUACGAUCUCCUGACCUUGAACGGAUCCAAGGUUGCUGAAGGACACAAAGCUAGUUUUUGCUUGGAGGACACACACUGUGGAAAAGGAAUACAGAAGCGUUAUGAGUGCGCCAACUUUGGAGAACAAGGAAUAACCGUGGGCUGCUGGGACACCUAUCGCCAUGACAUCGAUUGUCAGUGGGUGGACAUUACCGAUGUUAGACCUGGAGACUAUAUUUUCCAGGUAGUUUUGAACCCGACGUUUGAAGUAGCAGAAUCGGAUUUCAGGAACAACGUGAUGAGAUGUCGCUGUAGAUAUGACGGACAUAAAAUAUGGGUGCACAACUGUCACACAGGUGACGCCUACAGUGCAGACCUAGAAGAAGAGUUUGAGAACCAGCAAAGACUCUCCAACAACCUCGUGUAGACCUGUUGUGUUUCUGAGGCGUUCCUCAAGGACUUUCUCAUAACAGACAAUGCUCUCUCUGAUGGGCUACACACACAGGAGGUUCAAAUAUGAAGAAACAAAAGAAUCAACUCACUCAGGUUCUCAAACUUCCCUAUUGAAGACAUAACAUACAAGCAUGGUUUCACUUACAUCAACAAAUGUAUACUAUUCCCCCUACAACCUGCCAUGUCAUAUGGCGAUCGGCAAAGACAACCAAAACUGUGAUCCAACGUCAAGAUAAAUGUAAAGCUACAUGGAUGGAGCAGUAAAAGAUCUCUACUGCGCAUAAACAAAUUGUAAGCCUCUGAUCUGGAUUGUGGUGGUGGACAAUGAAAACACUAACGAUCACAUCAAAACCCUGAUAUUAAUAUAUAUUUCAGCACCAAAGGUUUUUAGCCAAAUUAUCAAAAAAACUUAAUUAUUUAACUGCGGGAUCUGAAGAUAACGAGGCACAGUUUCUAAGGACAAACCAGCGACAGGAGAUAAUUACUUCUACAACAAAUGUCAGACAGUGACCUUCUCCCACAGGUUUCUGUGACCGACAUAUACAGUAUUCACAUAUGUAAUGUCAGAAAAGCUCAUUAAGAAACUUUGUACAAUGUGCACUUUAGCUAAUAAAACAAAAAAUGUAUUUGUAAAUGGGAAAAAAACAUAGACGGCUCAAUUACACGAUACUCACAGGAUAGCAAAAUAACAUUAUAGCUUGCACCCCCUAUUCACUGAGCCUGGGGGUAGGUCCAUACAGACACUUAUCUCCAUGCUUCAUGGUUAGCCUAAUUUUCCUAGCUGAAAACCGUGGAAGCAAGUUGCUUUGGUGGGAGGAGCAAGAUGAAGGUCCAAUCAGAAGCCACAAUCACAGACACUACACAGCUCAUUGGUCCUCCCACUCACACCCACAUUCUGUAGGGAUUUUGACGUGAUCACAGAUGUCCUCCACUCUAGGUGCUAGCUGAAACUUGCAUUUGGACAGGUGCUUGCUGAAAAUGUUCAGCUACGUCUAUAAAUCACUGUACACACACUAGUGCUGCUUUCACAUCGCAAAACCUGCUUUUGAAACGAUUCUUUAAACGGUUCUUAAAACGGGUCUGAGCAGUUAAACCCCCUUCACAUCGCAUGUUGUAACCAGUAUAUUACCAUUUCAUUACCGUUUUGGUACCUUUCACAUUGAACCCGUUUCACCCAUACAAAACAGUGGUUGUCAUUUUAAAUGUUUAUUUCCUGCUUCUGCCUGGUGACAUCACACAUGGAGACAGCCUAUCACCUUCUGGGGCUUGCAAAUACCGUUUCAGACCCUUUCACACUGCACAAUUAAACGGGUCUGAAACGGGUAGGACCCUGCUUUUUUACCGUUUCAAAAUACCGGUAUUUUGUAAACGGUAAAUUGAAGGUGACCCUUUCACAUCGCAGCUCAAACCGUUUAGGAAGCCUGAAAAAUCGGCAAAUUACCGGGUACAAGCUGCGGUGUGAAAGGGGUAUUAAAUUGUUACUUGGUCUAAAAAAAUGACAAAAUACUGUAAUGAAAAAGACGGUCAGCAUUUAUUUAUAUAUGCACCAGCAUACUCGCAGGAGUUUACAAGUAGAAACACAAAUAGCAAAACUGAGUAUUUAUAGAUAAAGAGAUAAGACAGUCUUAUGUCACUGUGGGGCACAAUAAGAUCAAGCUGCUUGACCUUAAGAACUUUACGUCUAGAAGCCCACUAGACUUGCAGGCUCAUUUAUCAAUGAAUGAUAAAUUUCACUGUGAGUGAUAAAUUGCACCAGCCAAUCAGCUCCUGUCAUUUUUGAAACAUAGCCUUUGACAUGGAAGUUAGAAGCUGAUUGACUGGUGUCAUUUAUCACUCACAGUGAAAGUUAUCACUCAUUGAUAAAUGAUCCCAUUGGUGCUUAUUGUAUGUUUACUGUAUGCCUUUGGGCAGCAUUUGCAGAGCAAACAGGAAAUCAAACUGCUCAUGUGUUACUAGCCUAGACAGGACAGAGGCCAGAGCAGUCUCUGUCUCAAAUUAGGAAAAUGUAGCAGUGCUCUAAAACAUGAAAGAAAUACAUACGUACUGUAUUCCCAAUGUAACCUUAUGGGUGAAAACAAGACUUUGACCAGUUUUUCAACAGUCCUAAUGGCUACCUGGUUCACGGUGCUACACUGAAACUUAUAUUAUGGGCAAUGAGCGGAACCAGAGCUCUGACAAGUAUCAACUGAAAUCUGUAGUAUGAAGACGUUACAAACUAAUACAUGAACAUUUGUCUACCAAAAGCAAGCAGGAAAACUCAUAGUAUUUUGCAAAUCAGACAGGAUGCAGUGUGGUUCCCUUGUGUCUCCUUCCAGGUUAAAAAAAGGUGAUUAAGUAACAAAACAAAAAACAAAUAUAUUCCACCAUUUUGUUUAAGACCGAUAUUGCUUUUGAUAUUGUUAGAAUAGUAAUUUAAAUAUUAUUUGAAUGGGCAACAUAUAGCCAACAUGGGCACAACAGGGUAAAUAAUUCUUCCACCAUUCCUUUCCAUAGUUACUUUAAUGCAAUUGACGCACUCAGAUAUUUACCCCAAAAUGCAUAUUGCUUGUUCUGAAAGGGAUUAGUGUAUCUGGACUAUUAAAAUAAUGAUCCAGGAACAAAGGUCCCAUGCAUUUCAGUGGGCCCAAAUCCCUGAGUUUAACAAUAAUUUAGCCUGCAUUAUUAGAACUGUAAAGUUUCCAAGGUAUAGUAUUUUGACAUGUAAUAAUACUGUACUGGAGCUUUUUAUCCUGCUGUGUAAUACCUCAUACAUUCAGUACAUUAAUUAAUGUUUAACUAAUGUACACAAUACUGUAUGUACCACCUACAGGACUGGUUCACUCUGCAGAGAUUAUGAAACGUUUGGUUUUAUAUUUUAUUAUACUGUACAGAUGUGUGUUUUUCAUGGAGUGUAUGUUACACGUUGGAACAAACUGUUGAGUUAAACACAAUAAACCACUGUGGUCAAUUGCAAA